UGUGGUUCUUCUUCUGCGGUUUCCUCUACGACUCACAAACAUAGCGGCUUCUUCUCUGAGAUUCCUCACUCAACAACGUAUUUAUACGGCUGUAGGUUGUAACACAUGAUGUUAGUUACUGAAACACUCUAUUGAAAUGUACCUGCACGAUUUUGUCCCCUCUCCGCUUUCUAAAAUACAAGUAAGCGGCCGGUAGCUAGCGUUAACAGUGAGUUGUCGUGCUCGUCAGCCAAACUUAGUACCUCUUGCUAACGUUUCACUAACUAUCCAGCUGAUCUCGGAGUACCGGUAAGGCUUCUCCUAAAGGCACUGACGAGCUCUCAAAUGCAUCAAGGGAGUGCGUGCUUACUGUGUCGGAUGUUUAAUGAUAGUGUUAGCGGUGACUGCUCCUUCUUGUCUGUCUGGAUGCGCUAAUAUCGCACGUCAGAAGUCUUCUCAGUGGCGUUAAACCAGAGUCCCCGUCCUCUCAACCACGUUAUGAUUAUCCCCUUACAGCUCUCCACUUGUGAUGUAGUCAUCCCAGUGUUUUAGACCAUUUCUUAAACCCAGCAAUGGAUGACGACACCAAAACGUUGAAGCCAAGACGAAUCCAAAAUCAAAAUGUGGUCCACCGCCUAGAGAGGCGAAGAGUAUGUUCAGGGCGACCUGGAGCUCAUUGGUACAGAGUACGUUGCUUCCAUCAGAACCUUUUCCCCAAUUUCACUGUGGUCAAUGUGGAAAAGCCCCCCUGCUUUCUGAGAAAGUUCUCUCCAGAUGGACGCUGCUUCAUUGCCUUCUCCUCUGAUCAGACAUCUCUGGAGAUAUAUGAAUAUCAAGGCUGCCAGGCUGCUCAGGACCUUUUGAGAGGCCAAGAAGGAGAGACUCUGCUAACAGCCAAUGACCAGCGCUCACUAAAUAUCAGAGGCCGCCUCUUUGAGCGCUUCUUCUCUUUGCUCCAUGUUACUAAUGUGGCUUCAAAUGGAGAACAUCUAAACCGAGAGUGCAGCCUUUUCACAGAUGACUGUCGCUAUGUCAUUGUUGGAUCAGCUGUGUAUGUCCCAGAGGAGCCACCGCCUUACUUCUUUGAGGUGUAUCGAAAUAAUGAGUCUGUUACUCCCAACCCCCGGUCACCUUUAGAAGAUUACUCCCUCCACAUCAUCGACCUCCACACCGGCAGGCUUUGUGACACCAGGUCUUUUAAGUGUGACAAGAUCAUCCUGUCCCACAACCAGGGCCUCUAUCUGUACAGGAACAUCCUGGCUGUGUUAUCAGUGCAGCAGCAGACCAUUCAUGUUUUCCAGGUCACUGCAGAGGGAACGUUUCUAGAUGUGAGGACUAUUGGGCGGUUUUGUUAUGAGGACGACCUGCUAACUCUUUCAGCAGUUUACACUGAAGCUCAGGCUGAGAGUCAGUCAGGCUUCCCUCGCCUGUACACUGACAAAACCAUCAACUCCCUGAAGCACAGGCUUCUGGUCUACCUCUGGAGAAGGGCUGAGCAGGACGGCAGUGCCACUGCCAAGAGGAGAUUCUUCCAAUUUUUUGAUCAGCUGAGAAGGUUGAGAAUGUGGAAGAUGCAGCUGUUGGAUGAGCAUCACCUUUUCAUUAAGUAUACCAGUGAAGAUGUGGUCACACUCAGAGUUACUGACCCCUCACAGCCAUCUUUCUUUGUCGUAUACAACAUGGUUUCUACAGAGGUGCUUGCUGUCUUUGAAAACACUUCGGACCAACUUCUGGAGCUGUUCGAGAAUUUCUGUGACCUAUUCAGGAAUGCUACACUGCACAGCCAGGCUGUCCAGUUUCCCUGCUCUGCUUCGUCCAAUAACUAUGCACGGCAGGUCCAAAGAAGAUUCAAGGACACUAUAGUAAAUGCCAAAUAUGGCGGGCAUACCGAGGCAGUGCGGCGACUUCUAGGUCAGCUUCCUAUAAGUGCCCAGUCUUAUAGCAGCAGUCCGUACCUCGAUCUCUCCCUCUUCAGCUAUGAUGACAAGUGGGUGUCAGUAAUGGAGAGACCAAAGACCUGCGGUGACCACCCCAUCAGGUUUUAUGCUCGGGACUCUGGCUUGUUGAAGUUUAAGAUUCAGGCAGGCCUGUUGGGACGGCCAGUAAAUCAUGCUGUGCGCCGCCUGGUUGCCUUUACUUUCCACCCUUUUGAACCUUUUGCCAUCUCUGUACAGCGCACCAAUGCAGAGUACGUGGUCAACUUCCACAUGAGACAUGUAUGUGCAUGAGGAGUUGCUGAAUAUGAACUGACUGAACACUUUAAUGGACACAAGAUGGAGGACUGUUGGACAUCUGUAAGCAACUAUGAGUAACAAUUCAAAAAACAAGUGAAGAGUUUGUGCUGUUAGUCUUCCUCUCCUGUUCUAAAGAGAUCACAAAUCUUCUUUCAUUUUCCUUGUUGUGGAAAACGAGGGUCUUGUAAUUUUUCCCGCUUCAGACACAGUUCCCCAGCCCCACCCUCCAGCAAGAAGAGAGGAUAGCUGUUCUACCUUCACCCCUCUUAUAUAAAACCAAAGGUGAUGUCUUACCAUGCUCUGAAAGAUGCACAUUUAAUUGUUUAUCUAGUUGGUUUAUGGUCAGCUGCCCAUCUAAAUGUCUUUUACGUGCAUGGAAAUGGAAAUCAUUUUUUAUGUGUUUUUACACUAUUUUUACCACUAAUAUUGCUUGUAUAUAUUUUAUGCCAAUAAAAUGUCCAAAUACCAA